AGCAACAAGAAUCUUGAGUUAUAGCUGUUUUUUUUUCAGUAUAAUAAAAAUGGGUGUCAGUAAAGUGGGCCAAAAAUUAAUCAAUACAAUAAGAAAAACAUUUUGGUGACAUUGGAACUCACCGAUUUUUUUAUUACGAAUUUUAGUGAAAUUUCAGAGAUAUAAUACUUAAAACAUGCAGGUGGUUUGAGAGUGCAUUUUUCAUCGUUAAUAGUAAACAUCACCUGGCGAUAUUACUAAUGCGAUAAUGGAUUGCACGACUUAAAUAUCGCAUGUCAUAGCAGGUACAUGCAGUUGUCGCAGAAAUGUACGCCGUACACUUGAUUUAUGUGUCGAUCUUCCUCCUAAUUGAGGUAGUAGCCAGCGAACGCUUAAAUGAAACAGUCUUUCGCCGACAUGUUGGAAAGUACUUGGAAAAUCAUAUUUUCCGCACUGAAAAAGCGGAGAGUGAAUUCGAGUGCGUUCUUCAUUGUUUCAAGGAAACGGGAUGCGCGUCAGUAAACUAUAAAACCUCCGGAAUUGAUAAAGGACUUUGUGAACUAAACAACAUGACGAUGAACGAUUCACUGGAUGAGGCAGUCUAUAAUCUUGAGUAUACUCAUUUAGAAAUCUUUUGGGCCGCGCCUGCGCCAGUAUUUUCAUCAGCGACAAAAUAUUUUCCAUCUUGCAAGGUCUUGCACCUGCAUAGACCGUUAUUGCCGAAUGGUGUCUACAGUCUUCGCCUAAACAGUUCUACAGCACCAUACAAGGUUUAUUGUCACAUGACAGAUAUCCAAGGUUGUGGAGGUGGAGGUUGGACACUAGCCUUAAAAGUUGAUGGGAAAAAGUCGACGUUCUACUAUGAAUCAUCUCACUGGACGAACAAGGAAAGUUAUGCAGUUGAAGAUGGACUUGAAGGACUAACAGAGAAAGAAAGUAAACUGGCCUCUUAUUGGAACACUCCUUUUAAGAAAAUAUGUCUUGGUAUGACCGUUAAUGGUGACAGAAGAUGGAUGAUGUUGGAUUAUGAAGCCAGUUCGCUGCACAGUUUGAUCGCAGGCAACCAGUUCCAACGCACCUCCGCUGGAAAGAACGCCUGGAUGUCUAUGAUUGUUGGCUCACUUUUACAGGCAAAUUGCAACCGUGAGGGUUUUAUGAUACGUAAUGCUUUUCAUAUUUACUCAUUCGAUGCCCGUCUCGGAUUUUUGGCUAAUAACGAAGGCGAUUGUUUGAGCAGUGAUUCCUGGGUGGGUUUUGGUGCAAAGUACACGGGUUGUGAAACGGUAAACCUCGCCUGUGGUAACCGCGUUGUAUGCGGAUCAUCUCAACUAGUAAAUAUUCCAGCAUUUGGAUAUAUGUUGGUGCAGUAAUUGAAUCUCUUAUUUGAACAUCAACAGGAGUUUGGCAAUAAUACGUAUAACUUGAACAAGCUAUAGACUUGACAUUGCUCAGAUAUAGAUAUUGUGUAAUUGACAAUUGUAGUCUGUUUUAAGAAACAUCAUUUACAUUUGGUAGUGUACUUAAGGGGGGGGGGGGGUGGUUUAUUCAUAUAUCAAGUUCUGCCCGGCGGAUUUCCAGUACAGCCUAUUGCACAUAUAUCCUCGUUUUCUUAACGCAUCUAGUUUUGUGAGCAAAUUUAGAAAAUAUGGUUCCCACCUGCAGUAGUGUACCUUCGCAAAAGCGCAAUUUGUGUGAUUUUAUUACCACGCGUAUAGCUAUUAUUAUAAGAUACACUCGAACAUAAAAUCCAUCUCCUCGCAACUGCGGGUAAUAUAUAAAUAAAUAUAUAUAUGUAUAUAUUCAUUGAUAUGGAUUGUUCGCUUAAUUAUAUGUAAAUAGGAAUUUAG